AUGCCACCCAAGAAAGCCGCCGCUCCUGAAAAAAAGGCAAUCCUAGGCCGCCCAUCCAACAAUCUCAAGAUUGGUAUCGUCGGACUUCCAAAUGUUGGCAAAUCCUCCUUCUUCAAUGCGCUCUCAAAGACGGACCUAGGCAAAGCAGCAAACUUUCCGCGAGCAUUUCAUCCUAUAGUUUUCGCCCAACAGCCCUCUAAGCCGACGGUCCCAUUAGAGGCUCGCAUCAUGGUCCCCGAUGCACGCUUUGAUUGGUUGUGUGAACUCUACAAACCUGCUUCCAAAGUUCCUGCUGCCUUGACGUGCAUCGACAUUGCCGGUCUGACUGCGGGCGCUUCCACCGGUGUCGGUCUUGGAAAUGCUUUCCUCUCCCACGUUCGGGCCGUCGAUGGCAUCUUCCAAGUCAUUCGUGCAUUCGAUGAUGCAGAGGUCACCCACGUCGAGGGCGACGUGAACCCGAUUCGUGACAUGGAGAUUAUUCAUACCGAACUCCGACUAAAGGACAUUGAGUGGGUUGAAAAGGCGCUCGAAAAUCUCAAAAAGAGCUCAAGAGCGCUCGGGAGCAAUUCACUCGCCGACAAGGCCAAAAAAGAGGAAAUCGCCAUCACCGAAAGAAUCUUGGCCGUCCUCAAGGAGGAAAACAGAGACAUUGAUGUCGUAAACGGUCUGAUGCUGCUCACUGCAAAGCCCGUCACCUAUCUUGUCAACUUGUCGGAGAAGGAUUACGUUCGCAAAAAGAACAAGUGGCUGCCCAAGAUCAAGGCCUGGAUCGACGAGCAUAACCCUGGGGACCUUCUCAUCCCCUUUUCCGUUGCUCUGGAGGAGCGGUUGGCACCAUUAGAGGGUCAAGAAAAGAAGGAGGAAGAGGAAAAGGCGGGUGCAGUCAGCGCUCUUCCCAAAAUUAUCACCGCCGGUUACGCGAGUCUUGAUCUGAUCCGCUACUUUACCUGUGGGCCAGACGAGGUACGAGCAUGGACCAUUCGCAAUGGCACAAAGGCCCCACAGGCAGCAGGCGUGAUCCACUCCGACUUUGAGAACAAAUUUGUGUGUGGUGAGAUCAUGUCAUAUGAUGACCUCAAGGAACACGGCAGCGAGGCUGCUGUCAAAGCGGCUGGCAAGGUCCGACAGCAGGGCAAACCGUAUGUAAUGGUCGACGGCGACAUUGCCUACUGGAAAGCUGGCCAGUAA